AUGAGCCAAAGCACGUCUGUGGCGUCUUCUCUGGGCUCACACCUCUCUCGGGGUGGCGCCAGCGGGGAGACUCUCUCCGAGAAACAGAGCAAGUUACUCCAGGUUGAAUCAUUCGUUAAGAGGCUCCCCAUCGAAAUAUUACAUCGCAUCUUCAUGGAAAUAAUCGAGAGCGACAACGAUGAUUUUGCGUGGAUCGGUGUACUCUCAAGUGUAUGCUUGCAGUGGUACCACGCAUGCCAGCAUACUGUCAUGUGGGAAUUCGUUGCCAAAAAGAUUUUUGUGGCGUAUCCACUCGUACAGCGGCUGCGCAGCGCCCCAUUAGACCAAUCUGACAUGCGGCUUCUGAACAGCAUGCGACGCCUGGGUGCACCCGAGCAGUUUAUUACACAACAUGACACCAUGGAGCCGCUUGUCGCACCCACUAGUCAGACACUGCUCUAUGCAAUGGAGGAAGUUAAACAUUACCAGGAGUGUCGCAGUUACCAUGAAUAUGUGCAGCGGCGGCGUGUUUUUGUCUUGCAAAUGCUUCUCUCAUGGACACUCCUGUCGUUCUCACUCUUCCUUGGCACUACCAUUUGUGCGGCGGAGGGAAUUGCGUUUGGCGAGUUGUGUACGCCUAGAACAGCAUUUUCCCUGUUGUGGAUGACGUACCUUGCGAUUGGCAUUAUUGUCAUUGCAAAUGUUGUGAUGGAGGCACACUUCGAACCGAAACCCCUUUUUUACCGUCUGCGGAAAAACAAGCCUCUUAUUAUGCGCUCUGCCACAGCAAUUCUUGUUGGCAUAAUAUGCAUUGCGUUUCCAACUUUGUUGGUACAAAUCAAUUAUGCUGACGAACAGCGCUUUGGGUGGCUGUGGUGUGGUGCCACGCCCAUUGUUUCCCUCUGUCUGUGGCAGCUCUACAUACUGCUUUCUUGCGUCGCACCGGAUGUACGACAGCAGCUGCACGAGCAGCGAACGGACUUCAGGCCCACAGCUAUCAUGGCGUUUUUGGUAAUAAAUGUCCCCUACGCAUUUCCUGUUAUGUUCGCUGGGGCUAUAUUCUGCAUACUUCAGUACGUGGAGCAUGGGGGCCGCAUCUACGCGCUGAUCGGCUCCAUUCCGGUGCUCGCCAGCCUUUCGGUGUUAACGCUGCUUUUUCUGCUAGACUUCUGUCUUACUCGACGUGCAAAGGACUUUAUCACAGGUGUGUGCCUUCUCAUUGCAACACUGUUUCCACUUUCAUUGUUAUGGACCGAUUUCCGUGGGUUUUGCCUUCUCCCUGUCGCCGCUGCGUCGUUUGUGUUUUUUCUCACACACUUGAGAUUGGUGGCCUCACGAGCCUUUCAGGAAUUGGUUGACGGGGGAUGCGGUGCCGAUAGAAGUGGUGGCGGCCACAGCAGCAGUAGCAGCAGAAGCCGAGGCAUUAGCAGCAGACCGACGCGUAUCCGAUGA